UCUAAGGUGGAUGCUAUUAAUUUUUCUGUACCCUAGAAAUUACUAACAAAUAAUAUAAAUAAACAUAUAAAUUAAAAUGUAUUGAAAAAGAAAACAAGCAUUUGCAAAAAUACGACAAGUGGAUAAUAUUUUUUCAGUGUGUAAACAGCUAGUAAUUUUGUUGAGCCCUUUCAUCUACGUGUAGUUACCUUGCCAUGCAAACUUACUACGUGGCUAAACCUAACAUACUCUUUUUAACCAUAUUUAUUUCUUACAUAGCCAAAACGACGAAACAAUUCAACUCAAAGCAAAAACGAUUGAUUUCAUCAACAAAAUGAUGAACAUUAUAAUCCCUCUUGUGUCCCUAACAUUAUUGAUCGUAGUUUUGCCUCCAUAUCUCUUCUUCAAGUACAUUUUAGCCAUUUUACGACCCAUCUUUUCUGAAGACCUUAUGGGAAAAGUAGUCAUCAUCACUGGAGCCUCCUCUGGCAUUGGUGAGAGAAUGGCGUAUGAUUAUGCUAGCAGAGGAGCUCGUCUAGCACUAGUGGCCAGAAGAGAAGGCAGACUCCAGUCAGUGGCUAGCAUAGCCACCUUGCUAGGCUGCAAAGAUGUUAUCACAAUAACAGCUGAUGUUUCCAAAGUUGAAGAUUGUCAAAGAUUUGUUGAUAAAACAAUCAACUACUAUGGACGAUUGGAUCAUUUGGUGAACAAUGCUGGAGUAGCUCCUGUCUGCAUGUUUGGAGAAACACCUGACCUUACUAAGUUUGUUUCUGCUAUGGAUAUAAACUUCUGGGGUUCAGUGUAUGCAACACAUUUUGCAAUUCCAUACCUUAAAAAGACCAAAGGAAAGAUCAUAGUGAUUUCCUCUGCUGCCACAUGGUUACCAGUGCCAAGACUUGGCCUCUAUAGUGCUACCAAAGCAGCAGUGACAAGCUUUUAUGAGACAUUGAGAGUGGAAAUAGGGAAAGAGGUUGGCAUAACAAUUGUGUCUCCAGGCUUGACUGAAUCAGAAAUGACUCAAGGAAAAUUCUUAACCUCAAGAGGCACUUUAGAACUGGAUCAAGAAAUGAGAGAUGUUGAGAUGAGCAUGACACCAAUGAUGCCAGCCAAAGAGACUGCAAAAGCAAUUGUCAACAGCGCAUGUGAGGGAGCUUACUAUUUGACAGUACCAACUUGGAUAAGGUCUUUGUAUUAUUGGCAUGCCUUUAUUCCUGAGGUGUUGGAAUGGUCUAACCGGUUGCUGAUAAUGCCUAGACCAGGCUCCACAGAUAGAGAUACUAUUAGUAAGAAAAUAGUGGAAGUAUUAUAUGGAUUCAGGCCAUGUCUGCAGCCUGGGAUAGUUGAGUAUCCUGAUAUUGGUGAUAAUGGCCACAUGUCUUAUUCACACUACUAAAUAUUCAACUCGUUUUCUUGUGUCAAAUACUCUAUUUUUGUAAAACUUUUGAUAAUAGAAAAUGUAAUAUGUAUGAUACAAUAAGCUAGCUUUAUACAAGACAUGCCUCACUAAAUUUGAGUAGAAACAAUAAUCCACAAAAACCAUUUACAAUACAUAUAGUGCAGCUUAGGUAGAUCUGUUAUUGUUUUGAACCAUGUAAUUGGUAUCAACUGCUAUUAACAUUUUCAUCCUGAAAAUAUAUUCAUCUUAAUGUGUGGUUGAAGUCGUAUUAUCUGGCCAAAAACUGAACCCA